AGUGAUUCCGGGUAUCAACCGUACCGCGUCGUCGCCGUCAUCGUCUCGAUACGGUGUCGCGCGACGCAUCCCGGACGAGUCGAUCCGUGCGCGUCGUCGUUGUGAUCGUCAUCCCCGUUCCUCGCGUCCUCUUCGACGCACGCUCGCGGGCGAAAGUUGGAAAGUGCGAAAUCCCGCGAUCGCGGGAGAUGCCAGGAUCCAACGGGUAGGCGGUCACGGUACGACGAUCGCCUCCUAGUCGCGCAGCAUUAUUACGCUAGGCUGAGUCCCGACUCGCGCGAUGUCGUUCGUCUGUCGUCUCGUCGCAUCGUGCUCAUCCCCGAUCCGCGUGCCGUCCGUACCGUGAGUGAUCACCCUAGAAAUCUGUGUUUCUUUUGCAUCGCAUCACCAAGGGGGUGACCCGAGGCUUCUACGAGGCCUAAUUCUAUUCGCCAAUAAUGCCGAAUUCGAAGGACAUUAGCAGCAGAUGAUCUCUGAUAUAGGUUAGUGCAAGUGGAAAGCACUUCAACAACGGACAUCUAAAUGUCAGGAGGUGUUCUCGCAUAGCGCUGAGUGCUGCGGCCAGGCAUUCUUAAACAUGGCCACGUAUCAAGUCGACUACCAGUGGGCUUAUUCCAUAAUGGAUUCAUCCAGGAUAUCCACUUUCCUAAUAUCAAUUCUACUGAUAGUUUAUGGUAGUUUCCGAUCUCUAAACAUGGAACAAGAGGCGAGGGAAAGAGAAAAGGAGAAGGAACGUAGUAAUUUAUUGACUGGGAUUACGAGUAAUAGCAGUGCUGGUAACCCGGACGGCGCUAAUGGAGGAAGAGUCCAGACUCUCGACACGAUGCAUGCUCUCUGUCUACCUCUUGGUGCUUCCAUUUCUCUACUUGUCAUGUUUUUCUUUUUUGACAGUAUGCAGAUGCUUCUUGCAAUUUGUACAGCCAUUAUAGCUACAGUUGCAUUGGCAUUUCUUUUAUUGCCCAUGUGUCAGUAUAUCAUUAGACCAUGUUCCGAUGGUAACAAAAUAUCCUUCGGCGUCUGUGGGAGAUUCACUGGUGCGGAAUUACUCUCAUUCUCACUUAGUGUGAGUAUAGUAUGCAUCUGGGUCUUGACUGGACACUGGCUGCUGAUGGAUGCGAUGGGUAUGGGCCUGUGUGUGGCAUUUAUCGCAUUUGUUCGAUUACCUAGUCUCAAGGUAUCCACGUUGUUAUUAACCGGACUGCUAAUUUAUGAUGUCUUCUGGGUUUUCUUUUCAUCCUACAUAUUCAGCACAAAUGUAAUGGUUAAGGUAGCAACUAGGCCUGCAGAUAAUCCAGUAAGUCUUGUGGCGAGAAGAUUACAUUUAGGCGGCGUGGCAAGAGCCGCGCCGAAACUACCUUUACCUGGAAAACUGGUUUUUCCAUCAAUGCAUCAAGCGGGACAUUUCUCGAUGUUAGGCCUCGGCGACGUGGUCAUGCCGGGUCUCCUACUCUGUUUCGUCCUGCGAUACGAUGCAUACAAAAAGACUCAGUUAUUGCCCGGCGGUUGCGAAACCGGAGUACCGCCGCCGCGUCACUUCAGUCGAAUUAGCUAUUUUCAUUGCUCCUUGAUCGGUUAUUUUCUUGGUCUACUUACCGCCACUGUAAGCUCUGAAGUGUUCAAAGCUGCGCAGCCUGCCUUAUUGUACCUUGUGCCCUUCACUUUGUUGCCAUUGCUUACGAUGGCAUAUUUGAAGGGAGAUUUGCGUCGAAUGUGGAGUGAACCAUUCAUAUCUCAACAACCAUCUAAACAUAUGGACGUUUGACAAGAGUCAUGGGUCUCUGUAUAUUGUGUUGUAUUGGAGGCAAAAUUGUUGCAUGAAAUUCAUCACCAUAUAACUUCACAUUCUUAUUUUCAUCAAUGUCAUUUAAUGUAAGUAAUUUUUCUACAUGUACGCAUGUGCGCAGUACAGUCUCUCGCAUUCUUUUUAAAGUCAAUAUGACAUACAGAGAACGAUUCGGAUCGAAAAUCACAAUACGAUUAUUUGCGAUACAAGUGUAAAAAUACAUUAUAUACCGCAUAAAUAAUUUAAAUGUAACAUAAUGUCACGAAUGUAACGUUAGCGUUGCAAGGAACUUUUUAUCGAACAAUAGAGAACGAAAGGGUCCUUGAGAAUAUUUCCAGAAUGCCAAAUGACAUAUAUAUUAUCGGCAUUCUUUCUGUGUCUUAACUUGAUGUUGAGUAUAUGGAUAGACAUUGUGCACAAUAGAUAACACAACCGAUAAUUAUUGUCAUGAACAGCUAAGUAAUAACUAAAGACUAUCUACCAUGUAGUUAAUUUAACGAACAAAAAAAGAUAUUUACUUGUAUUAGAAUCAUCAUAGGAAAAGAAAACGUAUUCUCGAAAUAUUUACUUUUAAUCGAACAAAAUAUAGAAGACUAAAUGCUAUUCCCAUGAAAUUUAGUUACAAAUGGCUGAACGAUUCGUCGCAGAAUAUAAUUUUGAUUUACUAUAUUCAACCGCAAUCGAAUUACUUGCGAAUGUGUAGCUAUGAAUAGGAUAAUUUAUAAACUGUUUGAAUAUUUAGAUACGAAUCUAAUACACAUAUACGUGUAGGUUGUGACUUUGUUUUAAAGUUGGUUUAUAAUGCGAGAUUAUAAAACUAAAAGUGAUUGUAUAUAUUUAUUACCAUUUUCGUAAAUUUAUAAGGGGGCACAAAUUCUUGCGAUUGGCGGUAAUCAAUGGCACGCUUUUCGAUACUGUAUUUUGUUUUGCUAUUUGUUUGUUGAAUCUAUAUAUUUCAAAAUUAUAAUUUUUAUUGUGUGUCAUUAUCAGUGUGUAAGUAGAGUACGAAGUACGAAACUGUUGUUAAAGAUAAUUACAGACAGGUUUAUUUAAAAAAAAA